AUGCUAUUAAUGCUAUUGCUACUGCUACCUGAUGUAGGAUGCAAGCUUGGACAUAAAAAAUGUGGGACACAGCAUAUUCCUAUGACUGUUCCCAAGUAUUAUGAGCCAGGAGAUUUCAUCUACGGAGGCAUUAUUUAUCAAUCCUCCUUUUAUAUGAAACCUUACAACUUUCAUCAAUGUCCUUCUGGGCCCCCUUUGGGAAAAAUUGUGGUGACUGAGAACUACCAACACAUCUUGGCUUUGAUAUUUGCUAUGAAACAGAUCAAUGGAAAUGACCAAAUGUUACCCAAUGUUACCCUGGGUUUCAAUAUUUAUGAUAGUCACCUGAAUGCAAAGUGGACUUACCAUGCAGCAAUACAAUUGAUUUCUCCAAAUAGCAAAUUUUUGCCCAAUUAUAAGUGCAUAAUUCAAGACAAUCUUUUUGCAGUUAUUGAGGAAUUGAUCUCAGAUAUCAUAUACCGGUUUCCAAUUCUCAUGAGCCUUUAUAAAAUUCCACAGAUUAUGUAUGGUUCUGCUAGAGAUGAUGCAGGGGAUACCAAUAUCCCUUCUUUUUACAAAACGGUUACAAAUAUAAUUUAUCAGUAUAGUGGGAUUCUGCACUUACUUCUAUAUUUCAAUUGGAGGUGGAUUGGAUUCUUGGUGACCAAUUUAGAUUGGUUCAUACAGACCCUGGUUCCUGAGUUUUCCAAAAAAGGCAUUUGCUUUGCCUUCAUAGAGGUAUUCAGCAGUUCCUGUUAUAAUGCCAAUACAGGAUUUUAUUUUGACUGUGUGAUAGAAUUUUAUGAGAAAAUAAUGAAUAAUGAAGCCCGUGUCUUGAUUUUUAAUGGAGAUACACGUUCUAUGAUCUAUUUGAGGUAUUUCCUAAAUACAGAUUUUAAAGAAAUAUUUGGAAAUUCAAAAGGGAAAGUAUGGAUCCUGACUAUUGGGAUGGAGUUAAAAUAUUUUGCCAGUCAAAAAACCUGGGAUUUGCAGGACUUCCAUGGUGCGAUAUCAUUUGCAGUUCAUGCCAAAGAACUGAAAGGUUUCCAGCAACAUAUUCAGGAUCUAAAGCCUUCUGUUGUAAAAGAAGAUGGUUUUAUCAAGGAUUUCUGGACUCAAGCAUUUGGAUGUACAUUUCAAUAUUCUGAUCUGGGAGACAAGAAGGAGAAUAUUUGCAGUGGACAGGAGAAUUUAAAGAGUCUUCCUGAACAUGUUUUUCCAAAAAGAGUGACAGGCCACAGCUAUAGCAUCUACAAUGCUGUGUAUGCUAUGGUUCAUGCUCUGCAAGCCAUGUAUUCCUCCACAUUUCUGCGCACUUUCCGCCGUGCCCUCAAAACAUUCCUGCUCUGGCAGUUAUUCCAUUUUAUGAAAUCUGUAUCAUUUAACAACAGUGCUGGUGAAAGGAUUUUCUUUGAUCAGAAUAGGGGUAUAGUUCAAGAACUUGACAUCAUCAAUUGGAUUACAUUUCCCAAUCAAUCAUUCACUCUAGUGAAAGUUGGAAAAAUGGAUCCUCAAUCUCCUCCAGAGAAAGCAUUCACCAUUAACGAAGAUGCAAUAGUAUGGCACAGCUGGUUUAACCAGACAUUGCCUGUUUCUCUUUGUAAUGCCCCUUGCAAACCUGGAUCUAGGAAAAAAAUGAAAGAAGGGGAAUCUUUCUGUUGCUAUGAUUGCAUUACGUGCCCCAAAGGAUCAAUAUCCCACUACAAAGACAUGGCUGACUGUGUCAAAUGCCCUGAUGAUUACUAUGCUAAUAAAUAUCAGAACACUUGUAUUCCCAAGAUUAUAAGCUUCUUGUCUUAUGAAGAACCUUUGGGUAUCACUUUAAGCACCAGUGUUCUUUUAUUUUCAUUGGCAACAGUUAUGAUAUUAGGAAUAUUUCUGAAGUACCACAAUACUCCCAUAGUGAAAGCCAACAACCGUGGCCUUACCUACAUGCUACUUAUUUCAUUUGUGCUGUGCUUCCUUUGUGCAUUGCUCUUCAUUGGCCAACCAAAGAAGGCAACAUGCUUUCUCCAGCAAAUAGCUUUUGGCAUCGUCUUUACAUUUGCUGUUUCUUGUGUGUUAGCAAAAACCAUCACUGUGGUUCUCAUUUUCAUGGCAACCCGACCAGGAUCCAGGCUCAAAAAAUGUGUGGGGAGCAGACUGUCUUGCUCUAUUGUUCUUUCUUGUUCUUUUCUUCAAGUAAGUAUCUCUCUGGUGUGGAUGGCAACGACUCCUCCUUUCCCAGAUAUGGACAUGCAUUCAGUACCUGAAGUAAUUGUUUUGAAGUGUAAUGAGUCAUCACCAAUCAUGUUUUAUUGUGUCCUGAGCUAUAUGGGUUUCCUGGCAAUAGUCAGUUUCACUGUGGCUUUCUUUGCCCGCAAGUUGCCAAAUAGUUUUAAUGAAACCAAACUUAUAACAUUCAGCAUGUUGGUAUUUUGUAGUGUUUGGUUCACUUUUGUCCCCACUUACUUGAGUGCCCAAGGAAAAUAUAUAGUAGCUGUGGAGAUCUUCUGUAUUUUAUCUUCCAGUGCUGGAUUACUGGGUUGUCUCUUUUUCCCCAAAUGCUACAUUAUUUUGUUGCGAUCUGAGCUGAACAAA